AUGGAAACAUUAGCUGGAGUGUUAAAUGCUCUCAUAAAUACUACAAUAAACAAGGAUAACGAAGAAAACUUAAUGAAUGUUAAACUUAUUGCAGGAGUUUUGAAGUUCAGUUAUGCGAAGGAGUUUAAGAUAACACGAAUGAGUCAUAGAGUUCAAUUGCUUCUGGGUGCAUACCAUAUGACAUUUCCUUUGAAAAGUGUUGACAAAACGAUUGAGAUGAAAUCUGUUCCAUACGUAUGUUAUGGUAAUUGUUUAUACAUUGAGUCAAAAAUAGCUAAUGUCACAGGUAUUUCAGGAGUUAAUAGUAAAGGUUCAGUAGAAUAUAAGUCUUUCUGUUAUGCAGUCAAUUCAAUGUUCAUUCCAAACGUUCCUGUCAUAGCAACUCAUUUAGGUAAAUGGGUUCGCAUUAGUCCUCAUAAUUUGAAAGACAUGCAAUUCAGACUUGUUGACUUUCAAGGAGAGCCUGUAGAACUGAAGGCACCAGUGCGAAUGACUGUUGAAGUUGACUUUUUAGAAAAUAUUAAAUGCAACAGCUUACAAGAGAACUCAGAGCUAAAAAUAUAA